UGUCCUUCUUGUAUUCAAUACCAUCACUAUCAAAAGAUAAACAAUUUAAAACUUGUUUUUAGGAAUAAUUUCUAUUUACAAUCCAACAGAUAAAAAAGGCAAACGAUGUCGGGAAUAAGAUGCUUUAGUCGCGUUGUCGGAGUGGAUAUUCGCGCUAACGUGAAAGUACAUUCUAGGAGUGUAAAUAAAGGAAUUCUACAGUUUGACAAAGCACAUUUAUCCAGCUCAUCAAUCCGUAAAUGGAUUUCCAAAGUUACCAGUUCAACAAAGAACAAACAAAUAUCUAAGUAUUCAUAUACAUCACCAAUUUCAUUAGGAUCUUUGUCAACCCUUCAACUUCUACUUUCUGAUGUUAUUGGGGGAUCAUCUUUUGAUAUAUGUGACUGUCUUAGCUCCAAUGAUGAGGAUGAUACUUGGUCCUAUCUAUGAAAAAUAAUUUUAUAAUGAAUUUUUUAUAAAAUGUUUCAAUAUUAUUUCCUUAUUGAGCAUUAAGGUGUAUUUAAAUGACGCAUUUUUUUGUCGCACGUAUUACCAUAUUUUCAAACACACAAUACUAUAUAUUUUUAGAUUUAGUUCUCUUUCCAAUUUCUUUGAAGCUGUGUUUACAAAAUGACUAAGAAAUAUUUCCAGACGACCAAUGACAGGUCGAAAACAUGCCACUUUUUUUCUGAAGAGCAGUUAAGACAAGCAAUAUGUUCUUUGUCCAUUAAUUUCCAAAAAUAUAAGCUUGCAAAAAGAUCGAACGUUCAAUAUAUAAAAAAACAGGAUUUGCCAAUUUCUUUAGACAAAAAUUAAUUUAGUCCUUUCGUUCAUGGAAAUUAGAAAUUCAAUGCACACCUGUUUCGUAUCCAUAGAAACUAGGUCUACAAAUCCAAGCACAGUUGAGGUUCACAAAACGUCGCAUUUCUCUAAUUCGUCCUUGCGGAAAUUCAAAAACAUUUUUAAAAAUGAUAGGAACGAUUCAGAUAGCGGGCGAAGACUUAAGCGAUGUAGAAGUGAACGACGUUUGUCAUUCCCUCAACAGUGACAGCGUUCGCCUGUUGUCGUUGAGAGGUUGUUCUAUGGAUGACGCCGAUUUCAAAAGAAUUUCUGAGUCCCUGAAGACAAAUGUUUCGUUAGCUCAGCUAAAUCUUAGUCUUGGAGUAUUAAAUAGCAAACAACGGAUUAAAUGGCUCUGUGAUUCAAUAAAACAUAACAAGAAUUUAUCAUCUUUACUACUACAUGGUAAUAACUUGAGUGAUGAUGGUGUAAAAUAUUUGGUCAAUGCUCUACAAUCCCAUCCCAAAAUAUCCACUUUAGAUGUUGGUGACUGCCAACUCACUGAUGAAGAUCUUCAACAGCUGUGCAUCCUACCACCAAGAGGAAAAACAUGUCUACACACCUUGACCUUAACUGGAAACAAAAAUAUUACUCAAAUGGGAUGGUCGUACCUUUCUAUUGCAAUAGCUGCCAGUUCACAGUUGCAAAAUCUCUACAUUGACUACAACAAAAUCGGGAAUUAUGGGGCAGUCUUAGCUGUUGCCAUUGCAGCAAGUAGAACUUUGGAAAAGCUAGACUUGGAAUGUUGUGACAUUACUGAGUCGGGUGCUGAACUACUUUUUAAUGUAGUGGCUAAUUAUCCAACAUCAUCACGGGAGAUCAACUUGGUAAAUAAUGACAUAAGUGAGGAAUUACAGGAACAGAUAAAGCAAUGCUUGAUUGAUGAGGUUUCAGAUGAAGAAAAUUAAUUUCCCUUGGGUUGACAUUCCCUUUGGAGUUUUCUUACUUGAUAAGAAUACAAUAUUUUUCCAAGUGUACAUCAAAUACUAUAUCUUGGAUUUUGUCUAAUUUUAAAAAUUCAACUUUCUCGGGGUCAUAAA